AUGACAGCAUUGAGUAUGAUUAAUGUCCACGAAUUUGCCGAAACUCCUCGUCCUACAACGAAUAUGAUAAAAUACAUUGGUGGCGCGGCAGUGGUUCAGCCGAAACCAUUGGGAAAAGAAUUGGAUAAUUUGCUGAACCUACGGAACCGGACCGUACUAUUUUCCAUGGGAUCUGUAGCGCGAUCAGUGGAUAUGCCAGCAUGGAUGAAGAAUGACAUCUUGGAGACGUUCGACUCGUUUCCUGACGUUACAUUCAUUUGGAAGUACGAAGGUGACGACAUAUUCUUCCAAUCGCAUCCGAACACUUAUCCGCUCAAAUGGAUUCCCCAGAUAGAUUUAUUAGGGGACAAACGACUUUCUCUAUUCGUCACACAUGGUGGAAUGAACUCAUUGUUAGAAGCAAUGUUUUACGGAAAGCCGGUGAUUGUUGUACCACUAUUUGCCGAUCAGCAGUAUAACUCAAAUAUUAUCCAAAAAAGAGGUAUUGGAAUUGUUGUUGAGAAGAACAAACUCAAUAAGGAAACGUUGACGAAAGGUAUUCAGAGAAUUUUAGGUGAUAGAAAAAUCACUCGAGAAGCAGCUUUUGUUGCAUCGAUGCUUAAAGGACGACCUCAGCAGUAUCGUGAAGAUAUCGCCAAAUGGGCUAACUUCAUCAUUGAACACGGCAGAAUGGAUCAUUUGAUUCUGCAUUCACGAAGCAUGAGCUUCAUACAGAUUUUUGUCCCUAUGGCUACUUAG